ACCCGCAUGUGGACAGAUAGACCCGCAGCCCUCUCACUGAAACACGCGGAGCACUCACAGCGGCAGUAUCAUGUCGGUCGACAGCGUGUUCAGGACCCGCUCCCUCGGGGUGGCCGCCGAGGGUCUCCCUGACCAGUACGCCGAUGGCAAAGCGGCCAAAGUGUGGCAGCUGUACAUCGGGGACACGCAGAGCCGGACGCAGGAGUACAAGAGCUGGGUGGUGUCUCUGCUGAGGGAGCAGGGGGUGCGGAAGGUGCUGGAUGUCGCCUGCGGAACCGGAGUGGACUCCAUCAUGCUGGUGGAGGAGGGCUUCAAUAUGGUGAGUGUGGAUGCCAGUGACAAAAUGCUGAAGUACGCGCUGAAAACAAGAUGGGAAAGAAGAAAAGAACAAGCUUUUGAUGAUUGGGUUAUUGAAGAGGCCAACUGGCUGUCGUUAUCAGAAGAUAUUCAGAAGCCAGGGGAUGGUUUUGACGCUGUCAUCUGCCUGGGCAACUCAUUUGCCCAUCUACCAGACUUUAAAGGGGACCAGAGUGACCAUCAGCUGGCCCUUCAGAACAUCGCCAGUAUGGUCAGACCAGGUGGGAUCCUCAUCAUUGACCACCGUAACUACGACUACAUCCUAGAGACUGGGAGGGCGCCAAAAGGCAAAAACAUUUACUACAAGAGUGAUCUAACUCAGGACAUCUCCACCUCAGUGCUGUGGGUCGACAGUAAGCCUCAUAUGAUCACUCUGGAUUACACCAUCCAAGUGCCCAAGGCAACCGAACAGAAUCUCCCAGAAGUCAGUAAAUUCCGUCUGUCCUACUACCCUCACCGUCUGGAGAACUUCAAAGGGCUGCUGAACAAGGCCUUCAACGGCAAAAUGGAGCACAGCGUCUAUGGAGACUUCAAGACAUACGUCCCCGGCCAGACCCAGGCUCCCUGCUACUUCAUCCAUGUCUGUAAAAAGUCCGCCUGAGAGCCCUGCCAGCCAAACACACACAACACGCACACACACAUGCACUCACGCACACCAACACGCAUGCACACUGGUAGAAAAUACUAAAGCUUUCUGCCUUCUUUAAGUCCCAACAUGCAUUUACAGUAAAAAUUUAAAGUUUAAAACAGAUGUCAUCAUCUUAUAGCCCUAAAAAUUAAACGGUUCUGUUUUGUCAGAAUUAAGGUGACCAUGUAAACGGCGUCAUUGAAGAGAACAUAGAGACUGAACAUUUUCCUGUAAGACUGUGCAUUAUUAUUGGAUAAAUAAUAUGAUUGGCCUUUUAAGCAAAUGUAUCGGUACAUUUAAUGACCUUGAAAAUUGUUUAUCGUAUUUUGUUUAUCGUGCAGCCACUAAAAGUUUCCUUUUUCUCUAAUUAUUUUAAAAUUAUGAAUCUAAACUGUAAGAGCGGCAGAGCCUCUUUUCGCUACAAGGAGAAGCUGGUUGUUUUCACCUCAAUAUGUUCUCACAGCACAAGCUGGAACAUCCUGGAACUGUCUAAAUCAGGUCAAACCUACUACCUGAAAAAUUGAUUCAAAAUGUAUCGGACCACUGUUUUUGUCCAGAUGUGCUAUUUUCCCAAAAUGCAGUGCUGUGUCUGCUGUGGCAUUUCCCCCAUUUCCCCUUCCGCUUCUCGCCCUUAACAACUUUGAUAUUGACAAUGAACAUAAUUUCUAAAUGUUGCUGUACAAUAGUGAUAUUCCUCUUGAUGGAAUACUUGAUUUUUGUUGCAAAUAAUGUUGAAAGUUCUAAGAAUUACCGUAUACUUAGUCAUUUGUAUCCUGUGAGUUCAUCACAAGCGUCUUAAAAACACAGGUGAAGCUCUUAUUGUCCAGUUGAUUUCAUUCUGUGUUAAUUUUUUCAGGGAAUAAUCACCGAUGUCAGGGUACAGCCAAUGAGGCCUGUGACUAACAUUAGUGUUAGAUGCCUUUCAGACGUGGUAUUAACAUCCGUCCUGAGAGCUGCAAUCACAAGUGGUCAGUGCUAAGUUCAGGGCUUAACACACCCAAAUGUGUCCUGAGAUCUGAUCACUCUUACCACAUUCAGAGGUUGUUUGUGACGCGUGUGGACCCUAUGAGUGUGUGUCCUCUUUGACCGCUGUCCACUUGUGAGCAGAUCUCUCACGAUGAAAGUUAUACCUGGUCUCAAAAGGGCCUUCGUUUAACCAGCUCAAACGGAAUGGAGAGUGGUUGUCAGUCAGGCAGUCAGUCAAUUCCUCCUUCCUGAAGUCGUAUAUCUCUUCACUCAACCCUGACCGGCUCCAGAGCUAUUUGACCUCUGACCUCUUUCAUGAAAAAUACUUAAAUUAAGAUAAUCAUUUCAGUCUUUGUUUCACCGAUAUCUAUAUUUUCUUCAGGUUUUUUUUUCUUAUUUUGUGGUACGGUUAACUAAUUUCUGGUUGUUACUUGCAAUAGACCAGCAGUGAGUCUCUUAUGUUUGAGUUAAAAAAGAAAUCUGAAGUCCUGCUGAGGAUUCAAUCCAAAACCACUAUCUGAUUCAUUUCAGGAAAAAUCAGCUGGGUUUAGUUAACUGGUUAAACUCGCAGAAUAUUGCAUGACUUUACUAAAUCCAACAACCCCCUUAAAAAAUAUUUUAUCAACCAAAGAUAUUAAACUUUUUUUUUUGUUGCUCUAUCUUGUAAUUUUUGUGUUAUAGACCUAUUUUGCAGGGUCUCAAAUAAUUGAGUUUACCCAAAUAAUGAAGGGGAACGUGAUGACUGAAUAAUUUAUUUAGGUUAAAAUGUGUUUUACUUUGAAACUAAAUAAGAGUUUUUUUGAUUAGAAGUAGUCGAAUAUUAUCACUGCCUUUGACUUUGCUGUGUGAGAGUUUGUGAUUGAGUUGAGAUUAACAGCAUCAGAUUGGCUGAAUGUUUGAGUAGCUUCACGUAGAAAUAAAACCAUUUCAGAACAUUCUUACUGUUAAUUAUGAUAAGAUAUUAAUGUAAAAAUUUUAUACAGUUUAUUGCUGAUACAAUUAUUGGAAUUCUUUUGCAUGACAUUAAAGUUUUAAAUAAGUAAA